UUCUUUUUCCGUUUCCUGGAUAACACAACCCCGUUUGACUUUGAUGACGCAGUAAAGUCCAAUAAUCCCACGACAGAGGUCGUCGUUGACGAAACGCUGUCGUUCCAAGGGGGGUAAGAAAAUAGAAACCGGUCAUAUAGAUUCACUUUCCGAACACCAAUGCGCAUCCACGCUAUCUGAAUCGUGAACCAUGGGAGAACCACCUUCAGCCAAUGACGGCGUAAAGAGGUUUCCGAUGGCGGCGCAACCUGAGAUUAUGAGAGCUGCCGAGAAAGAUGAUCAGUAUGCUUCCUUUGUAUAUGAAGCUUGCCGUGAUGCUUUUCGUCACCUCUUCGGUACGAGAGUUGCUGUAGCUUACCAGAAUGAGGCAAAACUCUUAGGGCAAAUGCUCUAUUAUAUGCUGACAACAGGUGCAGGGAAGCAAACAUUAGGAGAAGAAUAUUGUGACAUCACUCAGGUUGCAGGACCAUACGGACUUUCCCCAACACCUGCAAGACGUGCUCUUUUUAUUUUCUAUCAGUCAGCUGUUCCAUACAUUGCAGAAAGAGUCAGCUCUAGAGUAGCUUCCCGUGGCAUUACCCUGGCUGAUUCGAUGGCCGACUAUCCAUUUGGGGAUGUUCCUACUUCAAGCAACGAAGCUGAGGCAUCACCGACCGUUGAGAUACAGUCAUCUUCAACAUCCACUCAAUCAAUUUCAGCUCUUUCAAGAUUGAAAGCCAAGAUAAGGAAUUUCUGGUUGUAUGCAGUUCGAAGGUGGCCGUCGGUGCUUCCUCUUGCUCGUGAGAUCUUACAAUUGUUUAUCCGGACCAAUCUGAUGUUCUUCUAUUUUGAAGGACUUUAUUAUCAUAUAUCAAAGCGUGCUGCGGGCAUUCACUAUGUGUUCAUUGGCAAUCCUAUGAAUCAACGACCUAGAUAUCAAAUACUAGGGGUCUUCCUUCUAAUUCAAUUAUGUAUUCUUGCUGCUGAAGGUCUGAGGCGUAGUAAUUUAUCAUCCAUUUCAGCUUCUGCUCAACAAGCACCCUUUGGAACCUAUCAAACUUCCGCAGGCCGAGGUUUACCUGUUUUAAAUGAGGAAGGUAAUCUAAUAACUGCUGAAACUGAGAAGUAUGGAUUGGUUGCUGAAUCCACAUCAACCUCAGAGUCUCAAGGAAGCAGUCCAAGCAAAUGCACCCUUUGCCUAAGCAGCCGGCAACAUCCAACAGCCACACCUUGUGGUCACGUAUUUUGCUGGAACUGCAUAAUGGAAUGGUGCAAUGAGAAGCCUGAAUGCCCUCUUUGCCGUUCUCCCGUAACACAUUCAAGCUUAGUUUGUCUGUAUCAUUCAGAUUUUUAGUCAUGGAUAGGUCAGAUAUUGCAAAAAGAUGACUGAAAAUAAAUCGUGAAGGCCAGGUCUGUUCUAAAUGUGUCAGAAAAGAUUCAGUGGUUCAGUUGUGUACUUCAUGAUGAAAUGCAAGAUCCUCUUUUCUCUUCUGUUGCUCACACACAGAGCUCUGGAAGUGCUGUUGGGGUAAAAGGGUGGUUGUGAUCUGUGGAAGGAAGGAGAUUUUUGCUACUAAUUUACCGAAGUUAACCAGGCUAACAUUUGUGCCAUGCAUAGUGGUGAAGCAGAUCAUUUUAUCGAAAGCAAGCAUAUUACAUCAUUACUUGUCUUGCACUGAACAAAGAGCAUUCAAUUUUCCCUCACAAGAAGGUGUUGCUGCUGUUCCGGAUAUUAUCAACUUUACAGGUGCUUUGGGAUCGGAUUGCUGGAUAAAGUUGGAAUGGAUCAAUCAUUGUUGGAGGUAUGACCAGUGUUUGUGAUGCAAUACAAGACUACAUUUGCACCUUUUCAGAUUUUAAUUGGCAUGUAAUUUUUCAGCUUUAGUUGACGUGAAGGAAAAAUAAGAGUUGAAAUGAAAUGUAACUGAGCGUGUAUUUCAACUGCAA